GUUCAUGGGGCGUGGUGGAGGAGGCAUGAGUGCGUUUUAUACUGAUGCAAAACGCUUCUGAGGGCAUUUAUUGGGAUAUGUAUUUGGGAUAAUAUACUCCACUUCGGUUUGGACGAUAAAAGUCUGUCGCCUUUUGGCCGCCUUCUAGGGGCUGCUAGCUGUACGUACAUAUGCCAAAAGCCAUGAGGAGACAAUGCGGACUUUGAUGAUCAGAGCCGUUGACAGGUCGAUCCCUGUCAACCCCGCUCACAAUCAUUGUCCUCGACGUGAUACAAUACGAUCGCACCAGGAUCACCUGCUCACGUCCUCUGUCCCUCCCUUCACAAUGUCACCGCCGUGCAUCCAACGAGACGCAGAGUUCUGGUUUCCCGACGGAAACGUGGUCUUGGAAGCCUCCGGAUUUGGGUUCCGCGUUUAUCAGGGUCUACUCGCACGCGACUCCCCGUUUUUCGCGGAGUUGUUUUCCCUCCCCCAACCCGACCGUGCAGAGGUCCUCGAGGGCUGUCCAGUAGUCCACCUCACGGACUUUCAUGAAGACCUGCGUAUAUUGCUGCGAGUAGAGCUGGGGAGCGGUCGUUCCGACCCCUCUGACAGUCGACUGCUGGAUGGCACGCGCAUCGACUUCGCAACCACGAACGCACUCGUCCGUCUCGGGCGCAAGUACCAGAUAGACAACCUGUACAACGACGCAUUGGACGUGCUCAAGACGUUUCUCUUCACGCAAUACGCGAGCUGGUACGAGAAGCCACACUACGCCGAGUGGGGUCGCUAUGGCCUAGACCCCAUCGCCGCAGUGAACCUCGCCCGGCUCACAGACACAUCGGCCCUCCUCCCGAUUGCGAUGUACCUCUGCUGCCAGCUCCUGACGGAGGACCUCCUGCGCGGUACGACGCACCCCGACGGGACAUCCCAGCAACUCUCGCUCGAUGACCUCCGGCGAUGCGUUGACGCGCGUGUUUUCCUCACGCGCGAGAAGGACGCUGCGCUCGAGCGAAUAUUCGACAUCUCCGCGUCGAAAGAUUGCCAGGACCUUGACUCGUGUAAGGAGCGACUGGAGUACCACAUGGCGAUCUACAAAAAGCGGGUGACGGACGGGACGGCAGGGUGGAACGUGUCGGGACCGUGGCUACCGUAUGUGUGGCUAAAGAACUGCUCGUCGGAUAGGGGGUACGGCGAGCCCCCGCUGUGUGCGCAUUGUAUGGCGCUGCUCGAGACGCAGCAUCGCGGAGAGUGUGCGAAGAUAUGGGAAGAGUUCCCGAAAUACUUCGACUUGGAAGUCUCGGAGUAGGGGUCACGGUGUUAUACCCCCGCUUGCUCGAUAUCACUAUUAUUUUCAACUUACAAAACUGGCGUCGUCGUCGUCGAUGUUUC